AUGGUAAAGCUUGAUGAGUCUUCCAACUUGGCAACGGAAGUGACUUAUGGCGGCUCCCUCCAGUACCAGGAGGACCUCGCAGAUCUACUGGUGGAAGCCCCUGAAUUCUUCUGCGAAGCCUCCCUGUGCGUACUUGCACGCUAUGGCAGGUGCUCGCUAGCUAAAGGUGAAGGUCUGAUUGUUGUUAAAAUUGAAGUGAAAGAAGAAGAAGAAGAAGAGACUUAUGUGGGGGGUGAGGAGCUGUGUAAGGAUGAGGAAAUCACUUCAGACACUAGAGCCACUCAGAGGGAAGUCAAAGCUGAGGAGGAGGAAGGAGAACAUGUGAGAAUUAAAGAGGAGGAAACCCCUCCAGAGAUCAGCACAGACCCCGGAGACACUCAGAGAGACCUAAAAGCUGAGGAGGAGGAAGAAGGACUUGUGAGGAUCAAAGAGGAGGAAGUUCCUAUAGAGAUCAGCACAGACGGACAGUGCGGAGAGUGUACCACGAGGCAUGAGGGCCCCAUUGUGGAGGCACACGGUAAAGCAGAAGAUGGGGACAUCACUUCAGACUUUUCAGAAGAGACCCCCAUUGGCCCCCAAUCCCAUCCCCCACCUCACUGUGCAGAUCUGUCAUCUGGUUCCUCUUCUUCUGAUCUCUCCCAUCAAAGAGCAGGAAAAAAGUUCUCCUGUUCCCCUUCCCCCGGAGAAGUUCCUGCCAAACAUCGGAGAUCUCACAGCGGAAUAAAACCAUUUUCAUGUUCCGAAUGCGGGAAAAGUUUUAACACUAAAGCGUCUCUUAUCAGGCACCAGCGAAUGGACACGGGAGAAAAACCGUAUACGUGUUCGGAAUGUGGGAAGGGAUUUUGCCUAAGGACCUUUCUCGUCAAACACCAGAGAACGCACUCCGGAGAGAAGCCGUUUUCAUGCCCCGAGUGUGGGAAAUGCUUUCGACAGAAAUCGGCGGCGGUGAUGCACCAGAGGACUCACACCGGCGUGAAGCCGUUUUCGUGUUCCGAAUGCGGAAAAUGUUUUGCCACGAAGCGGGCCCUGAUCAAACAUCAACCCGUGCACACGGGGGAAAAGCCGUUUUCAUGCCCCGAGUGCGGGAAAUGCUUUCCGCACAAAAUGAGCCUUACUAUUCACCAGAGGUGUCACACGGGGGAAAAGCCAUUCGCCUGCUCUGAAUGUGGGAGAUGUUUUUCCACCACUCAAAAUCGUGCCGCACACCAGAGAACUCACACCGGAGUGAAGCCAUAUGCGUGUUCGGAAUGUGGGAGCUCUUUUUCCUGGAAGAGAUCCUUGCUCAGACAUCGAUGUGUACAAAGCGGAAUGAAACCAUACUCGUGCCCUGAAUGCGGCAAAAGUUUUACUUCGAAAGGUUCUCUCAUCAGACACAAAAGGGUUCACACGGGGGAGAAGCCGUACACAUGUUCGGAAUGCGGGAAGUGCUUCUCCCUGGUGUCCAGUCUUAUCAAACAUGAGAGAAUACACACCGGAGAGAAGCCGUUUUCUUGCCCCGAAUGCGGGAAAAGCUUCAGACAGAAAUCCACCGCCGUAAUGCACCAGAGAACUCACACGGGAUUGAAGCCGUUCAUUUGUUCCGAAUGCGGGAAAUCGUUUCCCAGGAAGCGGGCCCUGAUGCGACACCAACCCGUGCACACGCGGGAAAAGCCGUUUUCGUGCCCCGAAUGCGGGAAAUGUUUCCCCCUCAAAGACAGUGUUAUCAGGCACCAGAGAUGUCACACGGGGGAAAAGCCUUUUACCUGCUCCGAAUGUGGGAGGUGCUUCUCCAGCAAACAGAAACUCAGCUUGCACCAGAGGACUCACACCGGAGAGAAGCCAUAUUCAUGUACGGAGUGCGGGAGCCGCUUUUCCUGUAAAAGGUCUCUGAUCAGGCAUCACAGUGUACACACGGGGAAGAAGCCGUCUUCCUGUUAGGAGCUCAGGAAAUGUUUUGUC